AUGAUACUGAUUCAGCAUUCACAACAACAACCACCAGUUGAAUCACAAUGUAAUCCAACUAUCUGUAAUAAAAAUCCUAUUGGAUGCUCACUGAAUACAGAUUGUGAAUGUUUACAAUUAACCAAUGGUCGUGGUGGAAUGUGUGCUGAUGCUUUAAUGCAGUGUUCUGUUCUUAAACCAUGUAAAAAUGAUAAUGUCACAUGUUCAGAUCCAGAUACCAUCUGUAUUCAAAAUAGUCGUUGUAAUAAUCAACAACCGUUAUGUUAUCCAGUGGCAUUAGCCAGUCCUGAAGUUUGUCCUCCAAAUUGUGCCGGUUCCAAUUUGAUUACAUUUGAAGAUGUCUAUGUUGGAGAUGUAGGUGAAAUACCCAAUGGUUAUUCGGGUUUGAAUUGGAAUAAUAUAUAUGCAUCAUCUGAACAUCCAAAAAAUUAUGAUACAAGUGGUUAUCCAACUGCACUGACCAGUGGAGAAUUUCUUACAUUAAAUGGAAAUGGACAACCGAUAACAAUAACUAUAAAUCCACCGAAUGUCUUUGAUAUUCAUUCAUUUGUAGCAUCAGCUGCUUGGAAUGAUAAUUUAACAUUAACAAUAAUUGGUCAGCGUUUACCUUCAACAAUCUAUAGAAAAAUGAUUACACUUCGAAUGUAUACAUCAACACUGGUCGUAUUAAAUUGGUUGAAUAUUGAAAAAUUGAUAUUAUCAACGUCGGGUGGAACACCAGUAUUUGAACGAAAUGCCACGCAUUUCGCAAUGGAUAAUUUAUGUGUCAAGUAUAGUUUCUAA